UCAGGGAGCAGGCAGCUUUACUGCAGCAGACGUGAUCCACUGGCAAAAUCCCCGUUCGCCCGUUUCUCUGAAGGGAUCCGCAACGUCACCAUUUGGUUUAUCGAAUCUGGUUCACGCUGGUCGUCCUAGAACCAGAACACGUUAUACAUUGAAUGCGGGCGGACCGGAAUGGAUCUGGGACCUGGCACGGCGACAGCAGGGAGUUUCAUAUCCCUUAGUGAGAACGAACAAAGAUGUUACUCUGGUCUAUGCACUUUAUGCCAAGCUGACAGCCCGGGUAAACUAGCGGCGAGCAAAGUCGGAGAGCUGUUCCGAGCAUCCCAGUUACCUGCCGAGACCCUGCAUCAAAUUACCGAGCUGUGCGGCGCUAAGCGGCUAGGCUACUUCGGCACGGGGCAGUUCUACGUGGCGCUGAAGCUGCUGGCCGCGGCACAGGCUGGCCUCCCCGUCCGCCUGGAGAGCAUACAGAGCGAACUGCCCCUCCCGAGAUUUUCAGGGAUGAAAAACGAUGCAGAGGUGCUGUUCCUGAACCACUCCCAGAACAGCGAUGCUUCGGGUGCCCAGUUCGGUGUUGCCCCAGGACCGGCGGCACGGUCGGCUGCGGAGAGGGGCAGCUUUAGACACCCCGAGGGCAGCACAGAGAAACCGGAGCCGAGGUCCCCCUCGCUCUCUCCAAUCAGUUCUCCGCCUGGCUCGCCCUCCGCCUAUCACGGCUACGCCCACGGAGCGCAGAGGAACGGCACAGAGACGCUAGCGGGGCAGUUGCCACGGGGACCGGGAUGGCCCUUUGCCCAGCCGGAGGGCUCCUCUCCCGGUCACUACGGGGGCAAGCCCUCCCAGGAACAGCCCACCCUACCCCGGGCUCCCUCUGUGGAGAGGCUGGUGGACCACAGUGCGGAGGACUACCCGGACAACCCCUGGAGGAUAACGGAGGAACAGCGCGAGUACUACACCAACCAGUUCAGAACGCUGCAGCCGGACCUGGGCGCGCUCAUUCUGGGUUCCAUCGCAAAGAACUUCUUCACAAAAUCCAAACUCCCAAUACCGGAGCUGUCUCACAUAUGGGAGUUGAGCGACGUUGACCGUGAUGGAGCACUGACGUUCGCUGAGUUCUGCACCGCCUUCCACCUCAUUGUGGCCCGAAAAAACGGCUAUCCCCUCCCAGAAACCCUGCCCCCGACACUGCUGCCGGGCUACGUGGAGCAGGAUGGAGUCCCUCAGAAACUCCAGGCUGAGGAGAUGUUCUUCAGACCGGGCCAGCUCCCAGCAGAACCAGCAGUCUCAGAGAGGGCGGAACCCCUGAUCUCCUUCGAGGACACGGAGCCGGUUCCCGCUCAGCAGGAGAAGAGUACGGUUGAAACACAGGCCCCCCCGGCCGAGAUCGCCACAUCAAAGCCGGAGCUGAGAGAGGAGCCCUCCAAGUCAGCGUUCAGUCCGAAGAGAGCGUUGAACGUUCCGGACAAGCCCAGUGAAAAAGACAACAGAGCCACAGGGAGGCCAGAUCCCCCUACUGAGCUGGACCCUCAGUUACGAUCGAGGACCAGACCCAGGUCGUACUCCAGCACCUCCAUCGACGACGCCAUGAAGAAGAUCGAGGAGCCCCCCACCCCGCCCCCCCGGCCACAGAGGACCCACUCACGUGCCUCGUCCCUCGACCUCAACAAGCUCUUCCAACAGAGCAGCCAGGGCCUGAAGAGCGGCUGGCUGCCCCACCCUCCCGCGCUCCCCCCCCGGCCCCUGGCCACGCAGGUCCCACACUUUGCACCCGCCGGGGAGAAAAGAACCCAGAAUGCCGUGCAGCAGCCGAACUUCGCUGACUUCAGCAAGUUCAGAGAGGAGGAGGAGGGCUCGCCGAACGCAGGAGAACAGACCCCCCCCAGCAAGGCCAGCACUGCCAGCACUGAGGAUAUCGCCCCCGCCAAACCGGAGGGCACGCUCGCUCAGCCUCCUCAGAAGCCAUUCCGGAGGAAGUAUCGCUCAGACAGCCAGAACCUGGAGCCAGCCCCAGCCACGCCCGUUCCGCCCACCCCCUCCUCCGCCCCUGCGUCUGCCCCGUCCGCUGCUGCCACCAAACCGUCCCAAAAGCUGCCCUCCAGACAGAAGAAGGAAAUCCAGACGGCCAUCCGCAAGAACAAGGAGGCCAACGCGGUGCUGACCCGACUCAACAGCGAACUCCAACAGCAGCUCAAGGACAUCCACCAGGAGAGGAUCACGCUGGAGUCCCAGCUGCAGGUGGUGCGUCCCGUCGCCCUCUGACCGUUCCCCCGGCCGGCCCCGCCCCGACCUCUCCCGACCCGUUCCAUCCCACGCCGCCGCCCCCUCGACCUUCAACAACCUCCAACAACCGAAUGGGACACCUGCUCCGCCUUGCACAUGUUUGGUCGAGCGCCAGCUCAUGCAAAAACUUGGACAGAGUUUAUCUAUUUUCAAACAAAGUCCCAAUCACCAUCUGAAAACAGUGUCCUUUUCUUUCCUGAAGGGAUUCAUUUGGACGAUGAAGACUCAGAUUGAAGAUUCAAAUUGAAGAUUCAGAUUCAGGCAAAUCGAUAAGCGGGCCCAUACAGACCCUGUCUGGCACUGGGUUGUGCUUGCCUGAAGAUUUAGGUGCAUGUGCCAAUGUGUUUUAUUGAAUGUCAAAGUGUGUAUGUGCGUGCGUCUGUGUGUGUUUGUGUGAGUAUGUUUCUCAAAGGACAUCAAAGAGCAGAAGCUAGAGUCUAAGGACAACCCUAAUAGAACCUAAAGGUCAAAGGUCAACAGCCAGUAACCCAACGGUGCAACAGGCUUACCACGGUAAAGUCAACAUAAACCCUGACACUCGCACUGUGGUCAGAAUUCUUCAUUUUCCUUUUGAGAUUUUACUUUAUACCCCAACUGCAUUCAUGCAUUUAAUUCUUAGAGUAUUCUCGCAACUGAAGAUUCAGAUUUCAGUUAUACCACUGGAGAGUAUCCAGUUCGGGCCUGUCUGCAUUACUAAAAUAAACUGUUCCUGUUACCAUGGGGAUUACAUGUACAAAUGAUAGUGUGUACAGUGUUGUUUGAAGUUUGAGUAAUCUUCACAGAGAUGCAGAUUCCCCUCUGAAGCCUCUCGGCUGACAUCUGAUCCUUUUUGUUGUUAAUCUUAUGAAAAUGUCCUGAACCUUGAAAUUCACAAUGAACACUGACUCCCUCCACAGAGACUGAACUUUUGCUCGUCCAUUUGCGGCAAUGUCCUCGUUUCAUUGUAGGGAUAGAGAAAGGAGAAGGAUCAAAGAAUACAUUCCUUAAGAAGGUGGAGUGAAUCCUGUUGCAUGAUGGGAGGAAUGCUGUGUUCGGUUGGUGCUCAGUUCUGAGCAGUGGUAGGGUGUAGUCUGUCUGAUCGAGAGGUUUACUGGUGUUGGGUGACACACUUAAGAUCAGCGGUAAGGCCAGGUUCUGAUUGGUGGCCUGAAUGGGACAUCAACAGUUGUUCAUUUACAGAUCGCCUCUGCUCUCUCCCACAUUGAAGGGCUCUGGUAUUUUGUCCGCUUGAGAUCGUAUCUGGUCUGUCUGUGUUGCUUCCUCAAAGAACGUGAGCAGGCACAGUCUCAUUCUGUUUCAAAGUGAGGUCUCAGAACAGCGUGUCAUGUGUGAACAGAGGUGAUGCCUCUGCUUAUGUAAGAGAAUGCAUUUAUUUUUCAUUUCGAGAAUUGCAGAAAGGAGCAUGUUUUAUAUUGAGCAGCGAAGAGGCAAGAAAGAUGACUAGUUCUGCAUUUAAACGAACCGCACUGAAGAAAUGUCUACUGUAUGUGUUUAGAGAUGUUUUACAUGUGAAACGGGAUGAAACAUUUGCACUUUGUAUUUCAGUCAUACUCCCAACAGUUUUACCCAGUUUUACUCUAAUGUCUUACCCAGAAAUGAUAAAAUGAGAUGAAAUUAGGACCAAAUGACAGCAGUCCUGGAGAAACUCAAUCCCGUAUAUAUUUUCAAAUAUAUUUUUUAAUCACAGAAAACAGAACACUUUGCAGCCAUAAUUUCUUUAUGGUGUUGAAAACUUGAAGAAGACCUGGGAAUGGAGCCCUGAAUCUUAAAAAUAUUUUAGGCUUUCACUUAAAACCCUUCAUUUUCCAACUUUAUGUGGGUUAUCAAUGGUUCUCAGGACCCCUGUCAAAUAUACCAAGAUAGUGGCUGCCAUGAUUCAAAUUAUUACGGUCAUUAACUCGAUUAUCUAGGGUGGGAAGAAGCACAAUCUGUUACUUUGCCUGAGAGAAUGAGCUGAUUUUAAAACGAGCUGUAUUAUGAGCAAGGCAAAGACAUUUUAAACGUCUGUAUCUGCAAAUGUCUGUGACUUUUCUAUGCAAACUGUGGUGCUGGACAAACUCGUUUUUGGCCAGGGUUUUUGAUACAUCUGUACAAUCAUGCUUGUAUAUAGGUAAAAAGAAAAAAAAGAUUUUGUUGCCUUUUAGUUGCUUAAAUUAAACUGUGAACAAUCUGUGAA